GCUGCCCUGGGGCGGAGGUGACCUUGUGCAUUCUGGGAUCCCCCAGCACCUUUCUGUCUCUGCUGCUGGAGGGCGGGGUCCAGAGCCCGGGAAACAUGCUCCUUUGCCUGUCCCCUGCUUGGCUGACAAAGGUGCCAGCACCAGGGCAGCCGGGCGAGGCAGCCCUGCUGGUCUCCAAGGCCGUGAGCUUCCACCCGGGGGGCCUGACAUUCCUGGACGAUUUUGUCCCCCCUCGCCGCGCCACCUACUUCCUGGCAGGCCUGGGGCUGGGGCCUGGCCGGGGUCGAGAGGCAGCUGAGCUCGCUCGUGACCUGACCUGCCCCACAGGCGCCUCAGCCGAGCUGGCCCGGUUGCUGGAGGACCGGCUGCUGACGAGGCGAUUGCUAGCUCGGCAGGGUGGCGUGGCUGUACCAGCUACCCUGGCUUUCACCUACAAGCCGCCGGCACUGCUGAGGGGAGGGGAUGCCAGCCCGGGACUGCGGCUGGUGGAGCUGAAUGGCAAAGAGGGCCAGGAGACACUGGUGAAGGAGGAAGUAGGGGCUUUUCUGCACUCCGAGGCCCUGGGUGAUGCCCUGCAGGUAGCCAUGAAGCUCAGUGGCUGGCGCUGGAGGGGGCGGCAGGCAAUGCGUCUGUAUCCCCGAGCUGAGCUGGGCCCAGUGGUGGACACAGUGCUGGCAUUGCUGGAGAAACUGGAGGAGGAGGAGAGUGUCCUGGUGGAGGCUGUAUGCCCACCUGCCCGGCUGCCCUUCCCAGGCACCCCCCCGCCUGGCCCUGAGCUGGCUCUGCGUAUCUGUGCUGUGGUCUGUCGGACACAGGGUGAUAGGCCCCUGCUGAGCAAGGUGGUGUGCAGCGUGGGCCGUGGGGACCGGCCUCUGCGGCACCAGAGCUCCUUGCCACGGACGCUGGAGGCGGCGCUGGCCCAGUGCGGCCUGGGUGAGGCCUCGCAGGUGGCAGUCGUGCGGCAGCGCGUCAAGGCGGCGGCCGAGGCCGCGCUAGCCGCCGUGCUGACCCUGGAGGCCGGCCUGAGCGCUGAGCAGCGCGGCGGGCGCCAGGUCCGCACUGACUUCCUCGGGGUGGACUUCGCCCUGACGGUGGCCGGCCGCGCGCUGACCCCCGUGGCCCUGGAGCUGAACGGAGACCUGUGUCUGGAGGCGUGCGGCGCGCUCGAAGGGCUGUGGGCCGCGCCGCGCCCGGGGCUGGCGGCCGAGGAGGCGGCGGCCGCGCCGCUGGUGGAGACGAUGCUGCGACGCUCGGCGCGCUGCCUCAUGGAGGGGAAACAGCUGCUGCUGCUCGGAGCGGGCGGCGUCAGCAAGAAGUUCGUGUGGGAGGCUGCGCGCGACUACGGACUCAAGCUGCACCUAGUGGAGUCGGACCCCAACCACUUUGCGUCCCAGCUGGUGCAGACCUUCAUCCACUUCGAUGUAACAGAGCACCGGAGAGAUGAGGAGAACGCACGGGUGUUGGCGGAGCUGGUGCGGGCACGCGGCCUGCAGCUAGACGGCUGCUUUUCCUACUGGGAUGACUGCCUGGUGCUCACGGCCUUGCUCUGCCAGGAGCUGGGUCUGCCCUGCAACCCGCCAGCCGCCAUGCACCUGGCUAAGCAGAAGAGCCGCACCCAGCUGCACUUGUUGUGCCGCCAUGGCCCACCGUGGCCCGCCCCCUCCCUCUAUGCUGUGCCCUGCUGCCCACUGGAGAGCGAGGCCGACGUGGACAGGGCUGUCCGUCAGGUGCCCCUGCCAGGUGUCAUGAAGCUGGAGUUUGGGGCGGGUGCAGUGGGAGUACGGCUGGUGGAGGACGCGUCGCAGUGCCAUGAGCACUUUUCCCGGAUCGCCCGAGACCUGCAGGGUGAGGCCGACCACCCUGGCAUCGGGCUGGGCUGGGGCAAUGCCAUGCUGCUGAUGGAGUUCAUCGAGGGCACCGAACACGACGUGGAUCUGGUGUUGUUUGGGGGGAGACUGCUGGCUGCCUUCGUCUCCGACAAUGGCCCCACACGGCUGCCUGGCUUCACUGAGACGGCGGCCUGCAUGCCCACUGGGUUGGCACCGGAGCAGGAGGCGCAGCUGGUGCAGGCAGCCUUCCGCUGUUGCCUGGGCUGCGGGCUGCUGGAUGGGGUCUUCAACGUGGAGCUCAAGCUGACUAGGGCUGGGCCGCGGCUCAUCGAGAUCAACCCCCGCAUGGGUGGCUUCUACCUGCGAGACUGGAUCCUGGAGCUUUAUGGUGUGGACCUGCUGCUCGCUGCUGCUAUGGUGGCCUGUGGCCUGCGGCCUGCCUUGCCUGCCCACCCACGCGCCCGUGGCCACCUGGUGGGUGUCAUGUGCCUGGUGUCCCAGCACCUGCAGGCGCUGAGUUCCACCGCCAGCCGUGAGACCCUGCAGGCUCUUCACGACCAGGGCCUGCUGCGUCUCAAUCUGCUGGAGGAGACCCUGGUGCCUGGAGAAUACGAGGAGCCCUACUGCAGUGUGGCCUGUGCUGGGCCCAGCCCGGCGGAGGCCCGUCUCCGCCUGUUGGGCCUCUGCCAGGGCCUGGGCAUCGACGGGCCCCACUACCCCGUCGCCUACUUCUUGUCCCACUUCAAAUAGUGCUGGGGCCAGAGGGCAGGGGCAACGUGCUGGAGGGGACGCGCUGGUGCCCUCUGCCCCCUGGUGCUCUCCCUGCUUCUCUUCCCAUGGUCCUGCCCCAACCGUUGGAGAGGUCUGGUCCCCUCCAAGGCCCCAGGUCUGUUCCAGAGCGGCAGGGCUAUUUUGACACCACGGACUCCUGGACUUGAGGGGCCACAGAAGAAGUAGCUGGUGGGCUGCUUGCCGUCCCGAAGGCCUCAGUCCAGCCCAUAGCUUCCCAGGACUCUAGUCAUGGAGAAGCAACAACAACUGUGCACACAC